AUGGGAACCACUCUACUCAGGUUCAAGAUAGAUGACAGUGACCUUAAGAAUAAAGGAGGCAAGCCUACUGUUAGAGUUUCUAACGUUGGCCACGCAUUGCAUGUCUGGCUCAAUGGAGAAUACCAUGGAAACGGACAUGGUAGCCAUGAUGAGAAGAGCCCACGGACGGUUUUCCACACUCGGGAUGUUGACAUCACAAAGAGUUUGGACUACUCAUCUGCAAUAGCCGUUCUCGGAUUCUCACUCAUCGUAUCCAUCCUAAAAACCUUUGAUGUUCGGGUGGAGGCUGCAAGAGUCAUGGUAUCCGCUCCAGUACUAGCUUUAGUCACCACCCACGUACUGUACAUUAACUUCUACAAACUUUACUAUGGUUGGAACAUGAUUGUGUGUGUGGCCAUGGGAGUCGCUCAGCUUUUCCUAUGGGCAAGAUGGGCAGCUGUUUCUAGGCAUCCUUCUAAUUGGAAACUAUGGGUGGCUGUGAUAGCUUCAGGUUUAGCUAUGCUUUUAGAUAUAUAUAACUUCCCUCUGUAUGGAGGCUACUUUGAAGCUCACUCUAUUUGGCACCUCGCCACAGUUCCUCUAACCAUUCUCUGGUGGAGUUUUAUUAGAGACGAUGCUGAGUUCAAAACUUCUAGUCUUCUCAAGAAAUCUAAGACAAAGGUGAAGUAA